GAUAGGUAGUGUGUUGCGCUUAAGCCUAGCACUCGGAGGAAGUUGUGUGUUUUGACGUAUAGGUGUGGUUCAGUCCGUUCUUUCCGGCGGCGUUUCACAAACCAUCCCAUCAUGCGUUGUACGGUGGUAGUGCUGGUGUCUUUGGUAGCCCUUCUAACGGCUGGUGUGCGAUCGGCCCCACAGCGUGGCAUUGACUUUCUGCCGGGAGAUGAAGAGGUGCAGGCCGUCGUGAAGCCCAUUGCGGGGGACUCGGAUAUCCCGGAUCAGCAGCAACAGCAAGCACCGGAACAGGACGAACCAUUCGAUGAGGGACAGCAACGGUAUCAACCGGAAGUACCGGCCUCUGUAGAUCCAGUAGAAAACGAGCAACAAAAAGAAGAUCCUGCACAGGAAGAGAUCGGUUUCCCAGAGAAUGAGGAGAAUCAAGAGGAACAGCAAACGCUGGAAAACGAAAAUGAUAUUUAUGAACCAGAUACGGAUUAUCCAGAGGAUGCUGAGCCAAACACUACAACCGAAACUGAUGCUACAACACAGACGGAAAGUGAUGUAACAACUCCUCCACCAACGGAUGCAAACCCUCCGAAGGAGGAGCCUGCAUCCAACGCCUCCACGGUGAACUACUCGCCCGAGGAACGGUUGACAACGGAUCCAAUCGUGGUGGAAGAGCAGACUUCUACUGAAGCAAUCGAAGAAAGGAAUCAGUUCGCCCAAGAUGUCAACACCCUGGCGGAUAAUUCGUCGAACCAGGUGAGAUUCGAGCCGGAGGACAAUCAGUAUCAACCGGAUCAACAGGUCCGACUAGAGCCAGAACCGACGCCGACUGUUCCGGUCCAGAAUGUGCCGAAGCCCUCUACGGUAGGAUCACCGGUGACAUCGCUACCCGUCAGCAGCGAAUACGAUUCGAAAUCAAUCGAAAGCGAAGAGGAGGAAUAUCAGGUGCCGCUGAAGAGUCGUCCUACUGUGGUGCAGUCGACCAAGGGGGGUCAGUUCCGUACCCUACCACCGUGGUUGGAAGCCACUCGCUUGCCAGGUUACGAUCAAUGGCAGCGCCAGAGCAGCGUGCCGCCACGGUCCAGCUGGUCACAACCUCCGUAUCAGACCAACAGUUUUGACGGUUUUCAUGGUCACACGUUUCACCGGAGCGCGUGGCAUUGACGGGGUGCUACCGUGUGUCGCAUCGGAGUGCUUUCCCCGGUGACCUUCCCUCGAGAGGAGGGAGACGGAGACCCAGAAGUUCAACUUGGCCACACUCUCCCACAAGGCAAGAUCCACGAUUUCACCGCAUUCGUACAGCUGCGUUUCGCUGCGGAAACAACGAUGACGAAUUAAUUGCAUAGCCGUUAAACUGUGAUUAUAUCCCUAGGAACAAUGCGACCGACCAAUGGCCGCCGGUAAUAAAUAAAUAAAUAGAACCGAUCAAUGGA